CAGGCCGUGUGCUCAUGCAGAGCCGUAUAGUAGGUGGUCACACCGCUGCACCAAAUUCCAUCAAAUACCUCGUGUCACUGAAGAGCACCAGCGGCCAACACUUUUGUGGUGGAUCACUAGUUCACAGGUACUGGGUCCUGACUGCAGCGCACUGCAACAUCGGGGCAGAGCAAAUGAUGAUAGUGGCAGGCGACUACAAGGUAAACAUCUUUGAGGGUACUGAGCAGUACGCUAAGCCCCGCAUCUUGGUCAUCCAUCCCCUGUACAACAGGAGCACCAACAACGCAGACAUCAUGCUCAUUAAGCUGCGGGCUCCCAUGGUUCUGAACAAAUACGUGUCGCUGGCGCCUCUUCCCAGGCAGGGGACAGGUGUAGCUGAAGGCCACGUGUGUCGGGUGUCUGGGUGGGGCUACAAUAGUCUGGAAGGAGGCCAGGUGCCUGUCACACUCAGGACAGUCACAGUGCCCAUUGUCUCAACUGCAAGGUGUAACAGCAGCGACUCCUUUAAUGGAAACAUCACAGCAAACAUGAUCUGCGCUGGCUACAGCACUGGAGGCAAAGAUGCAUGCAAGGGCGACUCCGGUGGACCGCUGGUGUGUGACAGACGGAUCUAUGGAGUUGUAUCCUGGGGCAAUGGUUGUGGUGAUGCUAAGUUUCCUGGAGUCUACACGGCCGUGUCCAGAUUCCGCCGGUGGAUAGAUCAAACCAUCUACGGGUCAUACCUGCGUUGCUUCAAACCGUGGAGAUAAUGAAAGGAGCCAUUUGUGCCUGAAAGGAAAUAUUCCCAUAAACACAUUUAAGUUAGCAUGGAUAGGAAGUGGUUCUGUUGGAAGCUGCAGUGGCUGUUGAGAAAAACAUUGCAGUGAUAAUUCAGAUCACCUUUUGAAUAUAGUUAAACGCUGGA